AUGCCCCGGACACUGAGUGCCUCCGAUAUGGUCACCCCAGGCAGCCUUGGACUGCCCCCCACCAAGACUGCAGAUGACGAGCAGGCCGGGCAGGCCCUCCUGGACGGAGCUCCAUCCUCAGCCUCUCUGGACACCCUGAUCCAGCACCUGGUGCCCACAGCUGACUAUUACCCCGAGAAAGCCUACAUCUUCACCUUCCUGCUGAGCUCCCGCCUCUUCAUCGAGCCCCGGGAGCUCCUGGCCCGGGUCUGCCACCUGUGCAUUGAGCAGCAGCAGCUGGACAAGCCGGUGUUGGACAAGGCCCGGGUCCGGAAGUUUGGUCCCAAACUGCUUCAGUUGUUGGCCGAAUGGACAGAGACCUUCCCGCGAGACUUUCAGGAAGAAGCAGCCAUUGGACAUAUGAAGGACGUGGUGGGCCGCAUCGCACCCUGUGACGAGGCCUACAGAAAGAAGAUGCACCAGCUUCUGCAGGCCCUACACCAGAAGCUGGCAGCUCUGGGCCAGCGCCCAGAAGGCCUGGUGGGCGCCGAUAAGCCCAUCUCCUACAGGACCAAGCCACCAGCCUCCAUCCACCGGGAACUCCUUGGUGUCUGCAGUGACCCCUACAUGCUGGCCCAGCAACUGACCCAUGUGGAGCUGGUAAGCAGACCUGGCCAUCCUCAUUUCAAUCCCAGAGCCAAAACUGUUGGGGAACGAUUACGACACAUAGGGCCUGAGGAGUUUGUCCAGGCUUUUGUGAACAAGGACCCUCUGGCCAGCACACAGACCUCUGGUAAGCUCCUAAACUCCAGGCCCUGUGACAUCUCGUCCAAUGGACAAAGAGGGCAGGUGCCAGGUGAGCAAGUGCCAGGACCUCAUCGGACCCUCGUGCAAGUGGGCGGGAGCAGGCAAGCCCUCAUACGCAUGCGCACGGGGCGGGGUUGUACCUCAGGCCUGCGCGUUGCCGCUCAGCUGGCUGGGGGCGGGGCGGCUCCGGCGAGCUCGCGCCGCUGCGGCCGCCUGGUGAACUGGACUUUGUGCUUUAUAGACACUCUUUUGGGCACGUCCUCUUCGAGCCGCCCCGCCCCGCCCCGCCCCGCCCCGCCCCGCGAGGUGCCCACAUCAAGGCAGGGCAGACACCAGGGCAUGGAGAGCGGGGUCCCGAAGACACGACAGCACGCGGCCUGA